GCGUUGCCUCGCUUCCCGGCGGGAAAGAGGAGACGAGGAGGAGGAAGAGGAAGAAGCAGAAGAAGAAGAGGAAGAGGAAGGCGGGGGUCUUCCCGCUAAGCCGGGCAGGAUGGACAAGUACGACGAUCUGGGUCUGGAAGCCAGCAAGUUCAUCGAGGACCUCAACAUGUACGAGGCCUCCAAGGACGGUCUCUUUCGGGUGGAUAAAGCUGCCGGGAACAACCCCGAGUUCGAGGAGACCAGGCGGGUGUUCGCCACCAAGAUGGCCAAGAUCCACCUCCAGCAGCAGCAGCAGCAGCAGGAGGAGAUGCUGAUGGCCGCGAUGAACGGAGGGGCUGCCGCCUUCCACCCCCCUCGGCCCAGCCCGGGGGGGGGGGGGGGGGGGGGGGGGGGGGGGGCCGCCGAGGGGCCGCGGGCGAGGCCCUGCGAGGGAGGAGAGCGGAGCUUCGGGGAGAGCGGCGCACGUGCCGAGGGCCCCGGCAGCCAGGCCGGGCGCCGGGGCUGGGAAGCAGAGCCCGGCAGGAUCCCCCGAGCGGGAGGCUCCCAGCCCGGCGCGGGGCGCGGGGAGCAGCAGCCGGGGAGCUCCGGCCACCCCCAGCCCUGCCGCGGCGGACAGGAGAACGGCGGCGAGGGCAGGCGAGGUGUCGGGGGCCGUGACCCGAUGGCAGCCGGACAGAGGUCCUCCUCCUUUUCAAACGCCUCGGUGGGGCCGGAGGAGCCCCAGCCACAGCAGGGGUCCUCAUCCUUCACAGCACUCUCAGCGCAGCCCACUCGAGGGUUCUCAGGCUCUGCUGAGCCCUGCAGCCCCACAUCGGGGGGAGAUGGCAACCAGCCCUGGUACCAGGGUGUCUCGCUGUCCUUCCCGCCAGGCUCCACACCUGCUGCUCCCGGUGUGGAAUACCAGCCCGCCGCUGCCUGCCCCAGCCCAGCCGGUCACUUUGUGGCCCACGGUCAGAGCCACAGGCCCGCCAGCAGCAGCGGGAACCCUGCGCCGGGCUCCUCGCGCCUGGCCUCGCGAGGGGUGGUGGCUCCCAGUGCACCUCAGGGGCUUUUCCCGGAGGCCGUGGGCGGGCCACGGUCAGACUCUGGGCACCUGGAUGGCUCCAACACAGCAAAGGUGAAACUGCCCUGCCAGACCCUCCUUCCGCAGCCAGAGCAAGGGCCGUCGGCAGCCGAGCUGAAGCUGGAGGCAUUGACCCAGCGCCUGGAGCAGGAGAUGGAUGCCCGGCCAAAGGCCGAUUACUUUGGUACCUGCGUGAAGUGCAGCAAGGGCGUGUAUGGAGCAAACCAGGCUUGCCAGGCCAUGGGCAACCUCUACCAUGACAGCUGUUUCACCUGUGGAGCCUGCAGUCGAAAGCUGAGAGGAAAAGCCUUUUAUUUUGUCAAUGGAAAGGUAUUUUGUGAAGAAGACUUCCUGUAUUCUGGUUUCCAGCAGUCCGCUGACAGGUGUUUCAUUUGUGGUCAUUUGAUAAUGGACAUGAUCCUGCAGGCCCUAGGGAAGUCAUAUCAUCCAGGCUGCUUCCGAUGCGUCAUCUGCAACGAGUGUCUGGACGGUGUGCCAUUCACUGUAGACUCUGAAAACAAAAUCUACUGUGUCAGAGAUUACCACAAAGUUUUAGCUCCAAAGUGUGCAGCAUGUGGACUUCCCAUUCUGCCCUCUGAGGGGUCUGAUGAGACCAUUCGGGUUGUGUCCAUGGACAAGGAUUACCAUGUGGAAUGUUAUCACUGCGAGGACUGUGGGAUGGAACUGAACGAUGAAGACGGACAUCGCUGUUACCCACUGGAUGAACAUUUGCUUUGUCACUCCUGUCACCUGAAACACAUAGAGAAUGGCACAACCCCAGCAGCUGCCUACCAGCACCACUAUUAGUCAGUGUGGCCAGCAUUGGAAAGCCAGGACGGAAGACUUGUUACAUGAUCUCCCACUCCCCACCUUCAGCUGAUUUCCUGUGCAUGUUUCUUGCCAGUCAGCAGUGUUCCUGUCAAAGGAUAUGAGAGAUUUUUGCUGGAUUCACCGAGCUUGUGUGUUUGUGGGUUUCAGCUGCAUCAAACUAUGUCUACUUGACCAAGGAUGUGGCAUGUUACCUAAACUGAUCCAUUUACUUUUACGUGCCUUUUUCUGCCUCCUAAAGAUUCCUCUGGGCUUAUUUUGGAAGAUUCUUCAGUGAAAGCACGAUUUGCUCUUGUGCCUAUGAACUCAGAUCGUGCCAUGCGCAAUUAAAAAGGCAGAGGCUGGCUUGCCUGCCUGCCUGCUGGGGACAUCCCGUCAGUCUACUGGUUCCUGAAAGCACAUUUCGUCAGGUUCCCUGAACAAUACCAACCUAUUAGUACCAGCUUUUUAGACACUCUCAUUUUUUAUUAAUUCUUUAGGAAAAGAAGGGUCUGUGCAAAAUGGCACUCUCAGACCUUUUGGUUUAAUGCCCUGAACUCCAGUAUCAUGUCUGACUGAAAAUGCACCAACUCUUCAAGCUCAAACCAGGCAAUGCUGUCUGGCAGUUGGAGGCCAACAUCCCAUUUCAAACAGAACAAAAAACUGGAACAAGCUAGGCUAAGCUAAUGCAAGGACUUGGGGCCCAGGCUUGUGUGUCAUCAUGACACAUAGGGGCCAGUCUUCUGCGUCAGAGUCUGAACAGUGGAUCAUAUUUGGAAAGGAAGGGUCGGGAUGCUGAAAGUGUGGACAUGGGGGAAAUACACCCUCAUUCUUGCUUGAAUAGCUCACUUUGGAAAAAAGCUCUCCAUACACAGACAAUUGCCUGAGUUUUCCAAUUUGUCCUCACAGCUCAGCCCUCAGCCUGGCUAUUCCUUUUCAUGGUGUUUACCCAGCACAAAGCCAUUUCACAGUGGUGCUUAUUUAGAGCUCAGGGAGCCAACUUGAGAUUGUUAUGAGGGCUUUGUUACACAGGGAUUUAGAGCCCAGCUCCACAACUCUUACUCAGAUGAGCAUAUUGGCAUAAACAGAUUUGCUCCUAUGAAUAAUAACAGCUUAUCUGAGCAAGGAGUUAGAGAGUUUGGCCCUUACUUUCUGUUCUGCUGAGAAAGCAGGAAGGCAAAUUGUUUCUUAACUAUGCCCCCCCGCACCGCACCCCCAACUUUAUAGUCAAAGAAACCUGUUCCCUUCAUAUGUGUUACAUAUAUGAUAGAUGUGCCUGCAGUGCAUGUUCUGUACCUAGAAAAGCUGCACAGCCCAUCAUGUACUGGUACUUUUGUUUAUCAAAAACGUCUUAAUUUAAAGCGUCAGAUGCAAUUGAGGAUCUUAACUACUACUCCUUUGUGUGGAAAAGUAGUUAAAUCCUGAUGUAUCUAUGCUGGGAUGACAUUCUUGAAGAUCUUUUCAGUAUGGAAACAACAAUAAAUUAGCUGAGCCAUAGCAAUGGGACUCCCAAAACGUGCCCAUGCUGAAAACCCAUUACAGUUCAACCAAACCUCUUUUCCAAUAGCAUGGAUGUAGCUUGAACUUCACUUGAUGUAGUCAGACAGCAAGGUGUACCCAUCUGGAGCAGCACAAGUGUCAGGUAGCAGCAAGUUGUCUGUCUCUGCCUGUGCUAAUAAAUCAUCUUGCCACGGCUGAAAUGUGAAACUGCCCCAGCCUCAGGAGCUUGGUGGGCUUGGCAUGGAGUUUCAUGGUAGCAACUGACCAUCCAGCCCUCUGCCCCAUUCAGCUGCAAGUGCUUCCACCUGUUUCCACUGCUUUUCAGCAUGGGGAUGGCAGCUCAGGGCUGCAGGCUGGUCCUGCCUUGAAGCCAUCCAGAGCUUUGGUGUAGCUUGGCUCUGCGGCACCAUUUUUCCUGGGGACAUACAUCCCUUCAGUGAGUGACUGAAAGCUCAAGGGAGGGCACUUUACCACUAUGAAAUAUAUCUUCUGAGAGUUUUACCUGUGAUUUUAGAGGAGGUAAAAUUGACCCCAAAUAUGUGAGCCCUCCUAGAGCUUUAAAUUUAGCCACCAAAUGCUUGGGAAAGGUAUGGAAGCUGA